AUGGUGGAUUUGUCCCAAAGUGGCGCAGUGUCGCCCGGACACAGCCGCCACGGACCAGGCUCCGGGAACAACGCGAAGAAGACACCGAAAAAGUCACGAACGAGACGAGGAAAACGAGGCAGGAGACGGAGAAACAAAAAGAACAACAAGAACAGGCCGCCGCCGCCGUAUUUACCACCGGAGGCUGAAGAGGGAAACAUAGAAUAUAAGCUGAAGCUGGUUAACCCCACCCAGUAUCGCUUCGAGCAUCUGGCCACGCAGCUGAAGUGGCGACUGCAGGAGGGCCGCGGCGAGGCCGUCUACCAGAUCGGGGUGGAAGACAACGGCCUGCUGGUCGGCCUGACGGAGGCCGACAUGAGGGCCUCACUGAAGACGCUGAAGAGGAUGGCAGAGAAAGUCGGUGCAGACAUCACUCUCCUCCGAGAGAGGGAGGUUGAAUACGACCUGGACAGAAACACUCGAAAAAUCGCAGAGGUCCUUGUUCGAAAGGUUCCUGAUGAUCAACAGUUCCUGGACCUGCGGGUGGCAGUGCUGGGCAACGUGGACUCUGGGAAGUCCACCCUGCUGGGCGUCCUGACGCAGGGCGAGCUGGACAACGGGCGCGGCCGAGCGCGUCUCAACCUCUUCAGGCACCUGCAUGAGAUCCAGAGCGGACGCACGUCCAGCAUCAGCUUUGAGAUCCUGGGCUUCAACAGCAAAGGAGAGGUUGUGAACUACAGCGAGUCUCGGACAGCAGAGGAGAUCUGUGAGAGCUCCUCCAAGAUGAUCACCUUCAUCGAUCUGGCUGGACACCACAAGUACUUGAAGACCACCAUCUUCGGCCUCACCAGCUACUGCCCCGACUUCGCCAUGCUGGUGGUUAGCGCCAACACAGGCAUUGCUGGCACCACCCGGGAGCACCUGGGCCUGGCCAUGGCGCUAAAAGUUCCCAUCUUUAUUGUGGUCAGUAAAGUGGACCUGUGUUCUCGCGGCACCGUGGAGCGAACGGUCCGGCAGCUGGAGCGGGUUCUAAAGCAGCCGGGUUGCAACAAGGUUCCCAUGGUGGUGUCGAACCCUGACGAUGCAGUGACGGCCGCUCAGCAGUUCACUCAGUCUGCCUGCAUCACACCCAUCUUCACACUGUCCAGUGUGUCUGGAGAGAGUCUGGACCUGCUAAAGGUUUUCCUCAACAUCCUCCCUCCUUUGAGCAACAGCAAAGAGCAGGAGGAGCUGAUGCAGCAGCUUACAGAGUUCCAGGUGGAUGAGAUCUACUCAGUUCCUGAAGUCGGCACCGUGGUGGGAGGAACUUUGUACAGCGGCGUGUGCAGGGAGGGCGAGCGGCUGGUGGUCGGGCCCACAGAUGACGGCCGUUUUCUGCGUCUGAAGGUGGGCAGCAUCCAGAGGAACCGCUCGGCCUGCAGGGUGCUGAGAGCCGGACAGGCCGCCACGCUGGCUCUGGGAAGCUUCGACCGCUCCCUGCUGCGCAAGGGGAUGGUGAUGGUCAGUCCAAAGAUGAACCCCACCAUCUGCUGUCAGUUUGAAGCCGCUAUCGUCCUGCUCUUCCACGCUAAGACCUUCCGCCGGGGGUCACAGGUCACCGUGCACGUGGGCAACGUCCGGCAGACGGCCAUCGUGGAGUGCCUUCACGGAAAGGACGAGCUGCGCACCGGGGAGAGAGCCGUGGUCCGGUUCCGCUUCAUCAAACACCCCGAGUACCUGCGACUGGGCGCUAAGCUGCUCUUCAGAGAGGGCGUCACCAAAGGCAUCGGCCACGUCAGCCGCCUGCUGCCGCCCUCCCAGAACCACUACCAGAAUCAGAGCCACGACCAGAACCUGCAGGAGCUGUGACAGCGUGUUGGUGCCCUCUGAGCCUCUAACUGGGUUCUUCUCCUACCACCAACGAGUCGGCAGGGUAAUCCUCCUGUCCUGAUUCAUCAUCAUCAUCAUUAUCAUCUUCCUCCCAGCAGACCCUGCUUUGAUCUGACCAGAAUGACUGUUUUCUUGCCUGCCGAUUGAGCUUUUUCCUUCACUGGUGCUGACAUUUAAUCCUAGUUCUGAGGUUGAGCCCAGAGUUCUGUCCAACUCUCCGACCCAUAUGCUUCCAGAUGUCUCACAUUCAGCUUCUGAAGCACAAGGAACUGAACGUUUUCACACGUCACCUGUGGAGGUGGUUUGGACGCAGCUCAAGUUUUAACCUGUAAAUCGCUUUAAAGGCUGAAACGUAGAAGCUGGCAUUUUAUUCAGAUAUUGAUUUGAAGUCUGACUUAUUUAAGUCGUAAAUUUGCAGAUCGACCAGUGGAAGAGAAUAGAAUGAUUUUGUUGUUUUACAUUGUUUUUUACAUCUCCAUCCAAAACACAAACCCACCAUGGCUUGUAGUGGAAGCAUGCUAACGGUGACUGAUGCUAGCUAGCACCGCUACUUCAGCUCAGUGUGUUUUUGCUCAUUAGUGUCCUGGGAGAAGUUUCUUAAUUGCAGAGUCUGUCAGUUAAAGAUGAACCUUUGAGGCAGUGAUCAGAGUCAGAUUUAAACCCCAGGUGAGUGAUGAGGCUCCUCGUUUGCACUUUAUUUUAUUUUAUUAUGAAACGUUCCUGUGACCACUUCACGCGGAUCAGCACCGAUGCCAACAGUCCAUUCAUUUAGCACUGAAUGCAGGCAAUGUAUCUGCAUUUACAAAUGACUGACGAUGAUUUUGACGUGUAUUUGUUCAGGUGCAUUUUGUGAGUUUGAUGUGAUCUGAACUUAACCUGCAUGCUCUUUGUACUGGAUCCUCACUGUGUCCAGUGAAGCCCAGAGCAGUUUCUGUGCAAUCGCAGCCCUAGGUAUGGAACAUGGGUUCAGACGGAGGUCUGUGCAUGUGUUUGUUAGAAGCUGUGACUUUGGUCAGAGAUGAGCAAACGCUGCACCUCAGCUUCUAAACGUUCUCAAGCUAAUGAAUAAAGUACGUCUGAAACGUCUCCUCUGUGGAACAAUGAA